UUGUGUCAGUUUGUGUUGUGAUAUCAAUAUAAAUAGUCUAUUUUAAUUCACAAACUCUGAAAAAAUUAAUCUCAACAUUGCAUGAAGAAAUUAUCAAUGUGUCAAAUUGUUUAUUUUAUUUAGAAAUUAAUUUUAAUUUUUUUUCUCCCUAACCUCAAUACAAACUGAUGCAAAAAUGUCGAAAAUUAUAAACAGUUUUGUAUUUCUCGAUUUGGAAACAACAGAUCUAAUUAGAGGUAAAAUUUUGCCAAAAAUUACCGAGUUGGCAAUGGUGGCAGUUUUAAGGGAACACAUUAAAGUCCCUCAAUCAAAAUUACCACGGGUUUUAGCAAAAAUUGUAAUACCAAUAAAUCCAAAUGCUAAUAUUCCAAAAAUUGUCACAAAAAUAACAGAAUUAACAAAUCAACAAUUACACAAUAUAAAACCGUUCGAUUCAAAUGUUUGUGGUCAAAUAAAUAAUUUUCUCGAACGAUUACAGGAACCUAUUUGUUUUGUAGCACACAAUGGAAAAAAAUUUGAUUUUCCAAUUUUACUAAAUGAAAUUAAAAAUACUAAUGAGGUGAUGCCUAGUGAAAUUUUGGCUAUUGAUUCAAUAGACGUUUUUAGAAAGUAUUUUAAAGAAAAUGGAUGUGUGACAAAAACAACAGAAUCUACUGUCAAUUGUCAUUCAUUAUUGAAAGAUAAUUGGGAUGAUGCAGUUUGUUCGGUUCUCGAUUCAAUAGAAACAUUUGAAAAUUGUGAAGAAAUUGCAGGUUUAAAGAGAACAGAAUCUUUUGAUGAAAAUAAAGAUAAACGUAUGAAUUUACAAAGAACAAAUGAUAAAACACCUGAAUUAUUAUUAAAAAAAGUAGAAUCUGUAAAUUAUGUUUCAUCACAUAAAAUUAGUGAGAAAAUGCCAAUUUUCACAAAACCAGAAAAUUUGAAAUUAGAAACAAUAUUAAAAAAUAUGACUGGCAUUACAGAGGAAAAUUCACAUUAUGCCGAAUAUGAUUGUAUUAGUUUAAUUCGAUGUGCAAAUUUAAUAGGUAAAGAUUUUAUUGAAUAUGCGGACAAUAAUGCAAAACCUUUAAUUACAUACGAAAGGCGCACGCAAUUAUAAUAUUUUUUCAUAUAGAAACUUUAAAAAAAAAUUUGAGCGUAUCGUUAGUAAAAAUAAUAAAUACGCUUUAAAAUAACGAAAUUAAUAUCUAUCAAUUGACGAUUUUUUUUGCAUUUCUCUUUAAUGAAAAAAAGGAAAAGCAAAAUAGAGAAAAAAAACUCCUUUUUUUGGUAAAUUAAUUUUUAGUAAAUAUAUUUUUUGUAAAAAAUAAAUUCAAGUAUUCGAUAAAACAUA